UGUUUACAGAGUUUAGUCUUUCAUCUCAACCUGUUUCCUCCUCCCCUCUCCCGCUCCUGAGAACUUUGCGGCGGAGGAGCUCCUCUUAAGCGGCAAGAAACGCCAAGCACCUCUUCCAGCAGCAUAAAGCCCUCUCCUCCCCCACCCGCCCACCUACUUUUCGCCUUGCCCUCAGUGACUAAUGCAAGGAUGGCCAGGAGACCUAGGCACAGCAUAUACAGCAGCGAUGAUGAGGAUGAAGACCUGGAGGUAUAUGAUCAUGACUAUGAUGGUCUGCUGCCCAAGGGUGGAAAACGCCAUUUAGGGAAAACACGGUGGACCCGGGAAGAGGAUGAGAAGCUAAAGAAACUGGUGGAGCAGAAUGGCACAGAAGAUUGGAAAGUUAUUGCCAAUUUCCUUCCUAAUCGGACAGAUGUACAGUGCCAGCAUCGGUGGCAGAAGGUACUAAAUCCGGAACUUAUUAAGGGCCCGUGGACUAAAGAAGAAGAUCAGCGAGUGAUAGAGCUGGUGCAGAAAUACGGUCCCAAGCGCUGGUCUGUCAUCGCUAAGCACUUGAAAGGAAGGAUCGGGAAACAAUGCAGAGAGCGGUGGCACAACCAUUUGAAUCCAGAAGUUAAAAAAACCUCCUGGACAGAGGAAGAAGAUAGAAUUAUUUACCAAGCACACAAGAGACUGGGAAACAGAUGGGCAGAAAUUGCAAAGUUGCUUCCUGGACGAACUGAUAAUGCUAUCAAGAACCACUGGAAUUCUACGAUGCGGCGAAAGGUUGAACAGGAAGGUUAUCUUCAGGAGUCUUCCAAAGUCAGCCAGCCUUCAGUAGCCACAAGUUUUCCAAAGAACAACCAUUUAAUGGGCUUUACCCACACUCCACCUUCUGUGCAGCUGCCAACCUCCACCCCGACCCCGGCUACCAGUGACUACUCCUAUUACCACAUUUCUGAGACACAGAAUGUCUCUUCUCAGAUCCCAUAUCCAGUAGCACUUCAUGUAAAUAUUGUUAAUGUUCCCCAGCCAGCUGCUGCAGCUAUUCAGAGACACUAUAAUGAUGAAGACCCUGAGAAAGAAAAACGAAUAAAGGAAUUAGAGUUGCUACUAAUGUCGACUGAGAAUGAACUGAAAGGGCAACAGGCAUUACCAACACAGAACAACACGUCAGAUUACCCAGGAUGGCACAGCACCGCAAUUGCAGACAGUACCAGAACUAGUGGUAACAGUGCGCCCAUUUCCUCUUUGGGCGAGCAUCAUCAUUGUAUUCCGUCUCCACCAGUGGACCAUGGCUGCUUGCCUGAAGAAAGUGCAUCCCCUGCAAGGUGCAUGAUUGUCCACCAGAGUAACUUCCUGGAUAAUGUUAAGAAUCUCUUAGAAUUUGCGGAAACACUUCAGCUGAUAGAUUCCGAUCCUUCAUCAUGGGGUGAUCUCAGCAGUUUUGAAUUCUCUGAAGAAGCAGACACCUCGCCUAGCCGAGCUCCCUCAGGCAAAGCCCCACAGCUUCAGCAAACAGAGGCCAGUGCAUUUAGGCCUGAAGGACACCCUCUCUCAAACCUGAGCAAAGCCAUGUUGAGUCAGGAUUCCCUUGCCUUGCCCAAGUCCUUGGCUGGCUCAAAAUGUGGCACAGCUCCGUUGGUGUUUCUGCGCACAAAGAGAGGGCAUCCCAGCCACUUAGCCAGUGGCCAUAAGUCCUUCAUACUUGCUGAUGUCAGGAGCUCAACUCCUAAGCGCUCCCCUGUCAAAAGCCUGCCAUUCUCUCCCUCGCAGUUCUUGAACACCUCAUCAAGCCAAGAAAGCCUGGACCUGGACAAUCCAACUUUAACUUCCACUCCCCUCUGUGCUCAUAAACUCGCUGUUACAGCACCUCUUCACAGAGACCAAGCAUUUAAGAUACAGAAGGAGAAUAAUAUCUUCAGAACUCCAGCUAUCAAAAGAUCAAUAUUGGAGAGCUCUCCAAGAACACCAACUCCAUUUAAAAAUGCACUCGCAGCUCAAGAAUUCAAAUAUGGACCCUUGAAAAUGCUGCCUCUGACACCAGCUCACCUUGUAGACGAUCUGCAAGAUGUUAUCAAACAAGAGUCUGAUGAAACUGACAUUGCUUCUGGCAUAUGUGAAAAUGGAUCCCCUUUGUUGAAGAAAAUCAAACAGGAGGCAAAGUCUCCAACAGGCAAAGCAGGAAACUUCUUUUCCUCGAAUCAUUGGGAAGGGGAAGGGCUGAACACACAGCUCUUCACACCUGUGUCCGCUGGGGAAGAUGUGCCAAAUCUACUUACCAGUUCUGGUUUAAAGAUGCCUGCAUCAGAAGAAGAGGACAAUACUCAUAAAUUAUUUGCAUUACAUAGAAAUAGGUCAUCAGUUAGCCCACUUCAGCAUUUUAGCAACACAUGGGAUUCAGCAUUCUGUGGGAAGACAGAAGAUCAGCUGACCUUCUCAGAUCCUGCACGCAAGCAUAUGAACGCAUUCUCGACUCGAACUCUGGUCAUGUGAAAAAGAGUCUUCCAAUAAGCAUUAUGUUUUCUUUUCAAAACACUUCCACUUGAUUUGGACUUACCAUUCCUCUACAUGGGAGAAAAACCUUUUUCGUUGUUGUUGUUGUUGUUGUUGUUGUUGUUGUUGUUGUUGUUGUUGUUGUUGUUGUUGUGGUACAACAUUUGGGAGCAGCACAAAGUGCAUUCAGUCACAAAAGCAUAUAUGUGUAUAUAUUGUUCAUGUUGGAUCUCACCCAACUUAAAAAAAGAAAAGAAGAAAAUAAUUAUGUUUGUUGAUGAUGCUUACCUAAAUUCCUAGGUAUUGAAUUUUAUGCAAUUAAUUAUUAAUAAUGUGAAUGCCGAUUUCUUUCUCUCUUUUUUAAAAAGUGAUUUUUAAAUGAUUAUUUUUUAUAUAUUAAAAAAAACCUUUUUGGGAGAUCAAAUGGACCAGUAUUAAUUCAGUGAGGAGUUGCCACAUGAGUUCCCAUACCAUUGAGGAUGCUUGCUGAGGUUUCCUUUUUUUCUUUGAAGAGCUGGCACUCCCAUCAGUAGCGUCAAUCACUGAACCAAAUGUCUCGGUAUGAAAUACUGCAAGAAAAAGCAUUACUGCAAAUGCUGAUCUGAAGGUGGUCACACAGCUAUACUGUUUGAAGAACUGUUCCACUCAUUAGAACUGUAGACUGUUUACGUGUGUAUGUUGUUGUGUUUUUUUAAUUAGCUUGCUUUUAAAAAAUUAUUACGGUAUGAAACAUAGUUUUAUGAGAAGAAAUUAUAUUUUUUAUCCAGUAAUUUAAUUUUGUAAAUGCCAAAUGGGUUUUGUUCUAUUUUUGGUUUGGUUGGUUUUUGUUUUGCGGGGGGGGGGGGUCGGGUUUUUUUCCCUGGUGCAGAUUUACAACAUGUAGAUGGGCUUAAGGCCAUAGAGCUUUAUAAACGAAAGAGAAACCGGGGGGGGGGGGGGGU